AUGAUAUCCCUACGCGUUCCUUCUCCUACAUCCUUCGAUUUCCGGCGAUUUCAUGCCGGAGCUUUAGAGCGGAGAUGGAGGUUAGGCAGAGACUGCUUGCUCUCUUUCUCUCCGAAUUUCUCGGAAAAUCGCAGAGGAACCGGAUUCGGAAUCAGAUCUACCAAAUCGGAAGCUCCGUUCACGGCGGCGGAGGAAGAAACUCUGCCGGAUGGACUCCAGCCUGAGCUUAUGCCGAAGCAUGUUGCCGUUAUAAUGGACGGAAACGGAAGAUGGGCGAAGAGUCGAGGUCUUCAACCUUGGGACGGUCACAGAGCCGGCGUCGAAGCUUUGAGAGAGAUCGUUGAGCUUUGUGGUAAAUGGGGAAUUCAAGUCCUCACGGUUUUCGCCUUCUCUACCGAUAAUUGGAUUAGACCCAGAAUCGAGAUCGAUUUCUUGUUGAGCUUAUUCGAGAGAACACUCAAAUCAGAGCUUCAAACAUUAGCCAAGAACAAUGUUCGGAUAUCGAUCAUCGGAGACUCGUCGAAGCUUCCAAUAUCUCUUCUAAGAGUGAUAAACGAAGUUGAGGAAGUCACGAAGAACAACACGAGGCUACAGCUAAUCGUAGCCGUUGGUUACAGCGGGAAAUACGAUGUUCUACAAGCUUGCAGAGGCAUCGCGCAGAAAGUGAAAGACGGUGAGAUCGAAGUCGAGGAGAUAGACGAGAGACUGAUCGAGCAAGAGCUCGAGACCAACUGUACGGAGUUUCCUUACCCGGAUCUGCUGAUAAGAACGAGUGGUGAGCUAAGAGUGAGUAACUUCUUGUUGUGGCAAUUGGCUUAUACAGAGCUCUUCUUUGCUCAAGAGCUUUGGCCUGAUUUUGGGAGGAGUGGGUUUAUCGAGGCCUUGAUGUCGUUUCAGCAGAGACAGAGACGAUUUGGUGGUCGGAAAUCUUGA